AUGGACAAUGUUGAGAACAUGGGCCGUGUAAAUUAUGGGAAAUUCUUGUUUGAUAGAAAGGUGGAGGUGAGAUGGAGAGUGAAGGGAGUGUCCUGGAAAUCAUGUAAACAUGACCUGGUGCUUGACCACUAUAAGAUGGGUUGGGUAAGACUGGAAGUGGUCUGGAUAGAGGAAGAGAUAAAGAGAGUAGUCGUAGAGGGCAUUUUGUCUUCUGUUUAUGUAGAUGGAAAAUCUCUGCAUGGGUGGAAGACAUUCUCAGUUCCUUUUCAGAACUUAAAUGACAAGCAGAAAGUCAAUCCCAUUAUCAAUUUUUCAUUUUCUGAAUUAAUUACAUCUGCUUACCAAAAAUUGGAAGACAACUCUUCAAAAGAACCAGCUUUUUAUACUGGUUAUUUUAUGGUUGAUAACACACAUCAACUUGAAGACACAUUCCUGUCAUUCAGAGCCUGGGGAAAAGGAGUUGCAUUUGUCAAUGAAUUUAACAUUGGAAGAUUUUGGCCGUCAAUUGGACCACAAUGCAACCUUUACGUACCUGCUCCAAUUCUUCGGCAUGGAAAAAAUGUUGUGAGGAGGCCAUCAUCAUGUUGUAAACUUCAAAGGGUUAAUUGA